AUGUCGCUCGAAGAAAGGCUCACCAAGAUUCGGGACAACCCGAACGCACAGAGUCAGAAACAGACGCAUGUGCUGCUCUCUGCCAUCGAAGAAACGCUGCGCCAGCAAAAGUCGGAGUUCACACCCACAGCAUACUUUGCAGCGUUGCUAGCACUGCUGGGUCGCCAGAUCACUUCAGAAGGCAUACCAAACAAAGAAAGCGCAACGGCUACUAUCUACCUGCUCGACCUCGUUACGCCUCACGUCCCCGCGCCUCUGCUACGCUCCAAAUUUACCGAGAUCAUUACAAGCCUUGCGCCCGCCCUCACCCACCAGGACGCCGAUGCGCCCCUCAUACGAUCGUCGAUAGGAUGUCUCGAGUCGCUGCUGGUAGUGCAGGAUGCGCGCGCGUGGGAGCUGCCCCAGUCGCAGAUUAGCCCUCGGAGGGCUGUCGCGGGACUGCUGCAGAUCUCUGUCGACACCCGGCCAAAAGUACGUAAGAGGGCUCAGGAAGCGCUGGCAAAAGUGCUUGCGAACCCGCCACCCAGUCCUUCGCUCGACCAUCCGGCGGCAGACAUGUGCGCAGAGACGGCACUGAAAAUGCUGCAUGACAUUGCGGAGGCCGCAGCGAAGUCGAGGAAAAACAAGGCCAACAAGGAUGGACUGAACAAAGACCCAGAUCUGAUCCACGCACUUCAGCUGAUCAAGACAAUUGCAACAUCUUCAGGUGGCUGGCCCAGCAGGAAAAUCGACGUGCUGUGCGAGCUGUUGCUUAACAUCUCCAAGUCAAGCAACGAGUUUCUGACCAUGGCCGCCUUUGAAAUUUUCGAGGUCAUUUUCGCCGGCAUGGUUGACGAACUUGCAUCUGCAAAACUUCCACGCCUGUUGGAGGUCAUUGCCGAACUUCAGCCCUCGAAGAACGACUCGCAGCUGUUGCCUCCCUGGAUAGCUGUCAUCUCUCGGGGCUAUGAGGUCUCCGCGCAAAUCGAGCCUGAAGAUACUUUCAUGAAGCUUCCGGAGCUCUUCACCAUGAUCUCCGAAUUUCUCACAUCGUCCUCGCACAACAUCCGCAUCUCGGCUUCUGAAUGCUUGAUUUCCUUCCUUGUUAAUUUGAUACCCGAUAGCGUCAUCCUUGAACCCUCAGUAUACGACGAAAAGACACUAGAAAAGGUGGCGAAGAUUGCACAGGACUUAUUGAGCGUCAAAUACCAGGCCGCCUGGAUGGAAGUGUUCAACAUGCUGUCCGCUAUGUUUGAAACCCUGAGGUGGCAGGCAGACCCAAUCCUCAAGCCUGUGCUGAGGACUGUGGGCGAUCUGCGCAGCAACGAGAGCUUUGCAGGCAAGAAGGAAGCUGAUGCUGUCAUUUCGAGAGCUAUUAGCGCCAUGGGUCCAGAGGCCGUCCUACAGAUUCUGCCAUUGAACCUUCCGCGACCGCCGCCUGGGCAGACUGGACGAGUUUGGAUGCUGCCUUUGCUACGAGACGCAGUCCACAACACUAAACUGGCGCACUUCAGAUCUGAGAUGGUACCAUUAAGUGAGCAGCUUUACAACAAAGUCCUCGAACAUGGCACGCGCGAGAAGACUAUGGAGAUCAAGGUUUUCGAGACAGUGGUUCAGCAGAUAUGGUCGGUGCUGCCAGGCUACUGCGAUUUGCCUCUUGAUCUCACCGAGGCAUUUGAUCAAGGCUUCUGCGAGAUGCUGGCAAACUUGCUGUACGGUCAAGCUGAUCUGCGGACGGAUAUCUGCAAGGCACUCCUCAACUUAGUCGACAGCAAUAAGGCCAUUGUGGAUCUUGAAGGCGAGGACGAUUUGCUUGCACAAGCUCGGAUUUCCAAGGCGGAUGCGAAGAAGAACCUCGACCACCUGGCUGGAUUUGCAAGCAACAUGCUGGCUGUUCUAUUCAACGUCUAUAGUCAAACGCUUCCGCAGUAUCGAGGCACUAUUCUGAGGACGAUCAAUGCUUAUCUGAGCAUCGUGCCUGAGAAGGAGCUGAUGGAGACCUUCGAACGUGUUGCGACAAAUCUUGAAGCAUCCCUGCCAGCCGAGGGUCCACAGACCCAAGCAGACAAGCAGAAACAACCACAAGGCCCGAACAAGAUGCCGCCCAUGAGCCACACUCUGAUGGAUCUUAUCAUCACAAUUGCCCUCUAUCUUCCGCGAGACAGCUACCGAUCGCUUUUCCGCAUGGCGGAGAUCAUGAUCAACAAAGACAAGGACCCACAAUUACAGAAGAAAGCUUAUAAGCUUAUCCCCCGUCUUGCAGAGUCUGAGCAUGGCAAGGCAGCGCUAAAGGAACGUAACGGCGAGCUACAGCAGCUUCUCAUACAGAGUGCGGAAAAGGCCUCAGCACCGGCGCGCCGAGACAGACUGCAUGCCAUCUUCCAGGUCAUCGAGUCUCUUCCGCAGAGCGAUCUCCACUUCAUCCCCUCAAUUCUGUCUGAGGUUGUCAUUUCGGCUAAGGAGACUAACGAGAAGGCGCGAGAGGCGGCUUACAACCUUCUUGUCGCCAUGGGUGAGAAGAUGGCUGAGGGAGGCCAAGUUGUUCAGACCAAAGUGCCCAACAUGCCAGCCGAUGCACCAACGGUUGAGGCGUCUCUCGAAGAGUACUUCACCAUGGUAUCAGCCGGUCUCGCAGCAUCCACUCCUCACAUGAUCUCUGCCUCCAUUACCGCAGUAACUCGCAUACUCUUUCAAUUUCACUCGCGUAUCUCAAAUGAGACAAUCAAUAGCUUGCUCGAGGUCAUGGAUAUUUUCCUCCAGAAUCCCAACCGGGAGAUUGUGCAGAGUGUGUUGGGCUUUGUCAAAGUUGAGGUAAUUUCGCUACCAGAGUCGCUCGUGCGUCCCAGGCUUAAGUCGUUACUGUCGAAUCUUAUGGUGUGGAGUCACGAACACAAGGCACACUUCAAGGCAAAAGUCAAGCAUAUCGUCGAACGCAUGGUCCGCAAGUUUGGUGUGGAUGAGGUCGAGCGUGCAACUCCUGCUGAAGACCGCAAACUCAUCACCAACAUUCGCAAGACACGCGAGCAGCGCAAAAAGAAGAAGCAACAAGCCGAAGAAGAUGGUGAAGAAGCAACCGAGAAGCCCAAGGGCAAGUUCGAAAGCGAAUACGACCAAGCCGUCUACGGCAGCGAUAGCGAUGACAGCGAGGGCGACUCGGAAGACGAAUUUGUCAAGAGUCAAAGCAAACAGCAACGAGGUGGCGCGAAAGGUGGCAAAACAUACAUCGUUGAAGAUGAAGACGAGCCCCUCGAUCUCUUAUCGAAACGCGCACUGGGUAACAUAUCAUCUACCAAGCCACUGCGUCAACGCAAACAGCCACAGAAGAAGAUGCCAGUACGCCGAGACGAAGACGGCAAACUCAUCCUCGGCGCAUCGGACGACGAGAACGACGCGCCCAAAUCGAAGAAGUCAUCGAAGAGCAAGGACGCUGGUGACGAUGACGAUGUACUCAUGGACAUUGACGAGUCCAACACCACUCUGGAAGCCGGUAUCAACGCCUACGUCGACGCAAUCCGCGGUCGUGAUGCUGCACAGCGUGGUCAGAAGGGCAAGUUGAAGUUCAGCAACAAGCGGACUCAAGAUGACGAUGACAUGGACAUGGACGACGACGGCGCGGACGCUGCACAGGCCAGGAAGGCCAAGUCUGGUUCGGGCAUGGGUAGAGGCGCGAAGAAUGGUAGACCCGGUUUGGGUCAUGUCAAGCAGAAGAGCGGGAAUAUCAGUGAUGGUGGUGGGAAGGUGAGGGUGGAGAAGAAUAAGAGUCCGCGGGGUAGGGGCGGGUUCAAGGCGAGUAGGGCGAGGGGAGGGGGAAGGGGUGGAUGGAUCGGACCAAAAUAG